CAGAAGGCCAAAAGAGCAAAGAUGAAAUUGCUGAAACGAGAAGGAGAUGAUAGAACUGGUUCUGGAUCUCAGGAACGAUAUGAGUCAUUCAGCUAUGGUGGAGUAGAUCCAUACAUGUGGGAGCCCCAGGAAGUAGGUGCUAUGAGAAGCCAUCUUUCUGAUUUCAAGAAACACCGAGCAGCCAGGAUUGAUCACUAUGUAGUUGAAGUCAAUAAGUUAAUAAUCAGAUUAGAAAAGCUUACAUCAUUUGACAGAGCAAACACAGACUCAGCUAAAAUAAGAGCUAUAGAGAAGUCUGUUGUGCCUUGGGUCAGUGAUCAGGAUGUUCCGUUCUGUCCAGACUGCGGCAAUAAGUUCAGUAUUCGAAACCGACGUCACCACUGCCGCCUUUGUGGGUCUAUUAUGUGCAAGAAGUGCAUGGAACUUGUCAGCCUUCCUUUGGCAAGUAAACUCACUAGUGCCAGCAAAGAGUCCUUGGCUUCUCAUACUAGCCCCAACUCCUCACCUAAUAGUGUCCACGGGUCCCGCCGUGGCAGCAUUAGCAGCAUAAGCAGCGUGAGCUCAGUUCUGGAUGAGAAGGAUGAUGACCGAAUCCGUUGUUGUCGGCACUGCAAAGAUACUCUGUUGAAAAGAGAACAACAGAUUGAUGAGAAGGAAUACACUCCAGAGAUUGUGAAACUCUACGAGAAACUUCGACUCUGCAUGGAGAAGGUUGACCAGAAGGCACCAGAAUACAUAAGGAUGGCAGAAUCACUGAAUGCUGGAGAGACGACCUACAGUCUUGAACAUGCAAACGACCUGAGGGUGGAGAUUCAAAAAGUGUAUGAAUUUAUAGAUGCCUUAAGUAAGAAGAUUUUGAGUCUAGGCUUGCGUGAAGAUCCCCAACCUCAUCCUAAAACACUACAGCUUCAGAGAAUGAUAAGAUAUUCAGCUACGCUUUUUGUUCAGGAAAAACUGCUCGGCCUGAUGUCCCUGCCAACCAAAGAUCAGUAUGAAGAACUGAAGAAGAGAAGACUGCAUAUGGUGGCUCUCGAAACACAUGGAAAACAAGAGGAAAAGCAGAAAGACUUUAUCUCCAGAUCUGCAGCUGCAGUUAAUGGUGAUGCAACUCACCUGAAAAAAGGAACAGUCAGGAAAUCUGAAGGCUGGUUACCUACAUCCAGCAUAUCGAGGGAGAGUGGCAUAGCAGACCCACUUCUUCAGCAGAUUGACAAUAUCACAUCCUUUAUUAAGCAAGCAAAGGCAGCUAAUAGGAUAGACGAGGUCCAUAUGUUGCAAGAGAACCUGAGGCAGCUUCAGGAUGAAUAUGAUCAACAACAAACUCUGAAAGCUAUUGAGCUUUCUAAAAAACAGGCAGAAGAGGAAGAGAUGCAGAGGGAGGAACUUCAGGUCCUUCGUGAAAAAGAGUGGGAAAGAGAACACCACAAAUUCAUGUCUCAGCAUUCAAGGACACGCUCCUUAGACUUCAGAGAAGUCAAGCAGCCUCGGCAUGAAGUUGCAAAAGAGAAUCAGAACUUGACAGCACAUGCGUUGGAUUUGGAUGUUACUCAGAUCAAAGGGAAGCGAAGUUUUGAAACUCCUGCUGUUGAGCAGCUGCCUACUAAAGAGCGCUUGAUCUUCACGCUCAGACCCCAGAAUGUCCCACAGCAUGACAAAGACCAAGAUCAGACAGCCUGUCUAAAUCCCUUUGAAGAUGAAGCAGAUAGCCCUCAGUUAGAGGAAGAUCCUGCUAACCCAUUUGCCAAAGACACUUCUCCAAUGAUUUCUUUCUCUAAUGUAGCUCUGCAAAGUGAUAAAAAAGAAUAUAAUCCAUUUGAAAACGAUGAAGAGGAUGAACAAACUAAUGGAGCACCUGGCAGUAGUACAAACCCUUUUGAAGAGGAUGAAAAUCCAUUUAAAAAGCCUGAGGGCAGCUGGAAUUCCGGGAAUCCAUUUGAGGAAGGAUCCUCUACCAAUCCCUUUGAAGUGGAGGAUGGCAAUGAGAUCUCUGGAGAGGAGGCUAUAGAGGAAGAGCUGCUUCUCCAACAGAUAGAUAAUAUCAAAGCUUAUAUAUUUGAUGCCAAACAUAGUGGACGAAUGGACGAGGUGGAGGUACUGACAGAGAACUUAAAGGAAUUGAAGCGCACGUUAGCAAAGCAGAAGGAGAAAUCCCACUGCUGA